UUUUUUUUUUUGAUAAUUCGCUUUCAGUUUUUUUGUUUCCUUGUGAUUUCGUAAACCCUAGACCUUACGCGCGAAAAUCUCGGAUUGAUUUUUUCCUUUUUUUGUGAUCGUUGCGGAAAUGCAGGGUAUCGUUCUCUUUCCGGAACGGCUUCUUCAUCUGUUGUUCAUCAUCGCCUUCUGCUUCUCCUCCUCCGCUUCCUCUCUCAAGAUCGGAGAGACGUGCGAUUCGAGCAGACCUUGCGACGUCGGAUUGAGCUGCCGGAGCUGCCCGGCGAACGGCGAUACCCGAUCCAGAUGCACCCGGAUCCGACCCGUCAACCCGACUUCCAAGGUGAAAGGUUUGCCGUUCAACAAGUACUCGUUCCUGACGACGCACAACUCUUACGCACUCUCAGGGGCAAAAUCGGCAACUGGUUCUAUCCUCAUCUCUCCGACGAAUCAAGAAGAUUCCGUCUCCGACCAGCUUCAGAAUGGUGUUGGAGGUCUCAUGCUCGACAUGUAUGACUUCAACAAUGAUAUAUGGCUGUGCCAUUCCACUGGUGGAAGAUGCUUCAACUUCACUGCCUUUCAACCUGCCGUCAAUGUGCUUAAAGAGAUUCAUGACUUUCUUGAAUCGAACCCAUCUGAGAUCGUUACCAUCAUCAUCGAAGAUUACGUCACAUCUCCUCAAGGCUUGACAAAGGUAUUCAACACAUCUGGAUUGAGUAAGUACUGGUUUCCGAUCUCGAGAAUGCCCAAGAAUGGUGAGAACUGGCCAGCUGUGGAUGAUAUGGUGAAGCAGAACCAGCGGCUGGUCGUUUUCACGUCCAGAAAGGACAAGGAAUCUUCGGAGGGUAUCGCCUAUCAGUGGAACUACAUGGUGGAAAACCAAUAUGGUGAUGAUGGGAUGAAAGAUGGGUCAUGUCCAAAGCGAGGGGAAUCAUCUCCAUUGGACACCAAGUCUCGAUCUUUGGUACUUCAGAACUAUUUCAGUACUAAUCCAAAUUCAAGUCAGGCUUGUGCAGACAACUCGGCUCCACUGACUAAGAUGAUGAGAACCUGCUUCGAAGCAGCUGGAAAAAGGUGGCCUAACUUCAUCGCCGUCGAUUUCUAUCAGAGAAGUGACGGUGGAGGAGCAGCAGAGGCGGUAGACGAAGCAAACGGGCAUCUUACAUGUGGGUGUGACAGUAUAGCCUUCUGCAAGGUCUCUGGCUUCAUAUCAAUCACAAUAGCUUCUUCUAUUCCUUCUCAUACGAUUGGACGCAUUCUUGAAUCUGUGUGUGUAAUGAACAGGAAAACGCGGCCUUUGGCACGUGCGAGGCUCCACCGCCGAUUUCGGCUCCGUCACCAGAGGCCGGCAGAGGGACUUCAUCCUCCGGCAAACAGGGCUCUGUCCCGACGGGGAAUGCUCAUUCCACUGGUACUGGGGUCUGGUCAGUCGUUCUCAUGGUCUCAGCGGCCUGGUUCUUGAUGUGGCUGUAAAUUGGAUUUGUCUUCGUCGAUCACAAGCUUUUGCGUUGUGCUGUAAAUCGGAGUUCAAUUUUUUUCAUCCUCCACUUUGUUAUUCGUAGUUCUGUUAUAUUACAACACUGUCGUCGAUUAACACGAAAUUUGUUUUUUUUUUCCUCUAAA